AGGUGUCCUGAUCUUUUGGGUCCCCUUCUUUAUUGCGCAGCCGCGCUGUCAUGUAAACAGCAGUUGUGAGUAGUAGCGAUACAGACGCCAAAAAUAAGGGUGGCAGAACACUGGGACAAAUCCUCCUAAAAUACCGCAUUUAAAUUAGGGGUGGGGGUAUUUUAAUAGAGGGGUUAAACAUACCCUAUCCUUGCUGAUGUGUAAAAUCAACGCAGAUGCAGAGCUGGAAUAAAACCGGGGGGUACAGUCAAUGGUGGUAAGAUUUGGGGUACAACUUAGCGACUGGUGUGCGAUUCCGGCAGGUUUACUGUUAAUACACAAAAGGGGGCAACAAAGACGGAUUUGAAAUGAUUGUUUCAGUUGGGUGACUGAUAUAACGUCGAUCCAGUGUUAUUAAGGGCUGAAACGGACGCAUCUAUGACUUGACAUAAAUCUGUUAUUAUUAACUAAGCCGGUGUGAAGUUCUUUGUGACCGGCUUGGUUUGCUUGUAGUGAAAAUAGUGCGUCCAUUAAUGAAUGAUAUUUGCCAAGGGGCUGGGUUAAUUUCACAUGUUACCCAUUAAAAGUAAAGACACGUCAAAACAUCGUUAGAGGAGGAGCAUUACUAGGCCUCGACUAGUCGAAAUGAAAGUGAAGGCCGGAGUACUGUUUUUAUUUUAACUGCCGGCGCCACAGUCCAACUUCUUAACCACGGCAGCCCGAUUGUAAAGUUGACGCAGGAAUUGAACACCGAAUAAACCCCUAUAAUAUAUUCAAGCAAAUGUGGAGAUGCGAGGUCGCAGCAGAGUGACUGAGAAGUGGACUGAACCGGGACGGGAUACAAACUAAGCGAACAGGAAUUCAAAGGGAUUUCAUUUGAACAUUGGACCACAAUCUGUUAGAUGUUAUCAGAAAGCAGGAAGCGCCCUCGGAGCUGUGACAACGAUGACAGCCAGCUUCUCCCACAGCCCAAACGGGACGGAAGCAGCAACCCCCUCUUCCCAGAGCUGGGCCGGGACAUCUGGGAUUCAGAGUCCUCAAGCAGCGACAGCAGUGCAAUCAGCAGCCCGGAGCGUGCUGGGAGCAGCACCCAGCCUGCCGAGGCAGGAGGAGGCUACUUGAACCCGGGGACUUUCAGCUCCGCUACCUCGUCCUCUGUGCACUUCAACGAAGAGUCUGCCUCGCUGAGCCAGGGCUCCUACCAGCGAAUCAACCGCAUCCUGCGAGAGGCGCACUUCCACAGCCUGCAGAGCCGCGGGCCCCCGGGAGACACGUGAUUCCUACCUCACCCCCACCCCCCCCCCCACCCUCUAACACCUUCUGUGAAGGACGGAGGGGGCAGGACCCCUCGGGGCGGCAGGGAAGAAGAAACACAGAUUCCUGUUUCGAGAGAGAGCCCCGAGAGAGUGGAUUUCAAUUCUUUCACAACCUUUGUCCGGUUGACUUACUGUCAUCACCAACAUCAUCUUUAGUUUGCAUUUUAAUUUAAACCUUUUUCUCUCUCGAUUUCCUUGUCAUAAUAGGUGGGUGUCUUCAACAAGUGCGUCAUUUUAGCAGCCUGUAUGUCUCCUAGUUUGGCCUUACCAGUUAUCCCAAUAGCAGGCCAGGUGUUUUUCAAAUGAUCAGAGCAUUUUUGUGGGGGGUGGGUAAAAGGAAAAACAUAUCUUUACCAUGUCUUGUCUACAUGAAUGUGACAAUCAGGCAUCCUCGUAGCUGCGGAAAUGAGAAGCUUUGUGGACAGAAGAUAGCAUGCUAUUACUUGUUACUUCUGCGUUGAAGUUUGAUGUUUGGUUCUGAUGGGAGAGAGCUUUGGUGUAUCUUUAGCAGCUGCCGCACCUUGGCUGUUGCAGAUUUUUUUUCCAAUCUGCAAUAAAAUCAGGACAAUAUUUUGGAUGACACAAAUGUUGAUCACUACCUUUCUGUUCUAAUUUGAAGUGACAGUGGGGUCUAAUUACUGAUCUAAACAGCAACAGAACUAGAUAUAGCCAGCCUUUUAUUCCCAAAGAUAAUAAACUAAAAAGGUAAGGGAAAGAGGUGUGUGUUUGAGUAGGUUUAUAAACUGUAAUGUUUAGGUCUGAUUCUAUUUUGAUCAUUACAACAUGCCCCAGUUUGUUUUUUUGUUUUACUGGGCUGUAAGUUUGAUUGAUUUAGGUAAGUGUGAGAUUCCAUGUAUUAAUCCUGAGAUAGGACACAUAACUUCUCUAUUACAGACAGCCUCCAUCUGAGAAAGACCAGAAGAGUGCUUCAUUUUAGUUUUGUUUUUUUGCAGUGAAUGCUGGAAAUGUAAUGCAAGCCACAGUAAGGAGGCUGGCAACUUGCUCUGACCUGACGCGUAUAUAACAGAUCAGCCUGAGGACUUCCACCUAAAUCAGCUUCCCACUAAUUAUAGACCAUAGCAUUAGUAGUAACUACUAAAGAUGGUUUGCUGGUCUAGAGAGCUAAAAUAAGAAGAGUGUGAUACUCAAGAGAAUGUACACACUGUUUAGACUAUCAUUUUACCCUGCCCAAAAUAUUUUUGUAUGCAUUCUAUAAAAGUUAAUUUUCUUUUAUAGGAACUGUUACAUUAAAUUUCUCCCAAUAUAUGUAUAACAAUCUUGUACUGACACAGAACUUCUGUUUGCUCAGAUUAAAUCAAUAGUUGUUUUCGAUGCACCAAGCAACACAGGGUUAAAAUGCCUAUCUAGCUUUUUGGUCAACUUUUUUUAUUUUUGAACCAGACACUAGGCUUGGUGACUGGUGAGUCAGAUGACCUUUAACCUGGUUUCCACGGCAACCCAAAAAGAGAGACGGGGCCUCUGGGGGAGGGGAGGGAAAUCUCAGGGUCAGCACAUUCAGAGGAUACCCGAGAGUUCUCUACACAAGCAUGCUUGUCGGAGUCUCUUGAUGAAAAACUUCUAUCAAGCUAAAUAAGUCAAUUCACAUUUUUUUCAGAGGCUCAGGUCUGCCAGUUAUUACUACAAAUUAUAAUAGAAAGAUUUAGUUGUGUUGAAGACUAAGUUCACUUGUUUGUUAGUGUAAAAGAAUUAGUAAAUCCAGGGACAGAUGCAUAGGACUUGCUUGCCGAAUUCCAGUUGUUUACAAUCGCAUUGGGAGUGGAAUUCUCCUCACAAAGCCAUGGCAGAAUUGUGCGACACUGUGGUCAAGUUCAGCUACAGGCACUUUCUCAAGAGCUCAGUUUCAGGGAUGUUGGAUGUGUGAUAAGGGCACUACUUCUUAGGAACUUGGCACCAUUGUCUACUUUUUUUGUACCCGUGUCCCCUAAAAAAAAUCAUGUUACUUUGAUCCAGCCUAAAGGAGACUUUAGGUCGAUCAGAGUUGGAACUGAAUCUUUAGCUUUAGUGAAGAUGAGCUCUUGGCUUAUUAGCGAACCACUGAGCCACUCGGCCCCACCACAGCGUUACCUCCCACUUCCACCGGCUUCCAUUUCCAUUAUGCAUAACUUGGACUUUUUGAACUGUACUGUCUGCAGUCCUACCCAGUAAUGUGGGUCUUCUUUAGUUACAAGACCACGUGGAAGUCGGCUUUGAAUUUAGAAUUGUACAUUAGAUUUAAGCAACCAUUUGAGUUUGAAAAUGUUUAUUUUGUUUGUUUUUUUUAAUCUCUUAAAGAUUUGAAAUAAAGCUGAUGGUUUAUAAA